AUGGCACCCCAACCGAUCCUGCUGAGCCCCGAGGCGGUCGCCACGCGGGGAAUUCACAUCAAGCCGCAUGAGGCGGCGUUCCGCGAAAACAGCGCGACGAUCGUCAUGCCGUCCAAAGAGGCCGCGUUCCUGAACCCAGUGCAGGAGUUCAACCGCGACCUGAGCACGCUCUCGAUCAUCUCGUGGAGUCAGAUGGUAGACCGCGAGAAGAAGCAGCGGUACGAGGCGCACCUGAAUGCGCGCGAGGCAAAGCGCGCAAAGCGCGACGAGCCGGAAGCGAAGCGCCUCAAAACCGAGGAGGAAAAGGCGUACCGGCCGUACAAGUUUACUGCGCUCGAGGCGCUGAGCGCUACCGGGCUACGCAGUAUCCGGUAUGCGAAAGAGAUCCCGCUCCUCGGCUCGGUGCUCGCCAACGACCUGUCUGCGACGGCCGUCCAGGCGAUGCGCCGUAAUCUCGCCCUCAACUUUCCGCCAGGGCGCCCGCUCGAGGAGUAUGUCCCGCUCCAGGGCGAGCAAGAGGCAGCACUGAGCGCACCGGAGGCGCAGGAGGCAUCUACUGACGCGCCCGACGCCGCGUCGACUGAUCCCCAGAUCCACCCCGACUGCAAGGUCAUUGUGAACCAAGGCGACGCAAUCACGCUCAUGUACGAGCACCGCGACACGCCGAAACGCUUCGACAUGGUCGACUUGGACCCCUAUGGCACCGCGUCGCCGUUCCUCGACGCGGCGGUGCAGUCGGUGGCCGAUGGCGGCCUCUUGUGUGUGACCUGCACGGACCUGGCGGUGCUUGCCGGGCACAACUACCCCGAAAAGUGCUGGUCGCUCUAUGGUGGCGUGAGCGUCAAGGCAGAAUACUCGCACGAAGUCGCGCUGCGUCUCGUCCUGCACGCGAUUGCGACGGCUGCCGGCAAGUACGGCCGCUACAUCCAGCCAAUGCUCUCGCUCUCGAUCGACUUUUACCUGCGUGUCUUUGUGCGUGUGUGGACGCGCCCCGAGACGGUGAAGUUGAAUGCGUCCAAGACGGGCCUGGUCUACUCGUGCUCCAAGUGCAGCGACUUUCAUAUCCAGCCGAUGGGCCGCGCGACGAGCUCGGCGAAUGCCAAGACCGGCGCGACAAACGUCAAAUUUGGCUCUGCGUCCGGCCCGCCGACCGACAUGCGGUGCGGCGAGUGCGGCGGCAGCUUCCACGUCGGUGGCCCGAUGUGGUUCGGCCCGCUGCACGACCCCCUCUUUUGCGACGAAGUCCUGACGACGCUCGACUCGGGCAAGCACAAGUUUGGGACGGAAGCGCGUAUCCGCGGCAUGGUCUCGACCGCACGCGACGAACUCGACGCUCCGUUCUACUUCCACCCUGCCAAGAUCGCGGGGCUGUUUCACUGCACGAGCCCUCCCCUUGCGCCGGUCAUCCAUGCCCUGCUCAACGCCGGAUUCGAGGCGUCGCGCUCGCACUGCGUCGCCGGCUCGGUCAAGACGAACGCGUCGCGUGGCGAAGUCUACGACCUGUUCCGUACGUGGAUCAAGACGAACCCCGUGCGCGCCGACCGCCUGAAAGACGGCUCGGCGGCCAAAGGCCUGCUGUCCCGCCGGAACGAGGACGGGACGCCUGCGACGCGGCGCUCCUACGAUCUCGACACGCCGAACGAGCGUACGGACGAGGUGGUGCACGGCACGUCCGCGUCGCGCCUCGUGCGCUACCAAAUGAACCCCCAGGCGAACUGGGGCCCCGGCACGGCGGCCAAGGGCCACCGCAAAAAGCAGCACCGCAGCCUCGCCCCCGAAGACAUCGCGCGGCGGGCGCAGGACCUGAAAGCGAAAGAGCAACAGCCAUAG